GUCAAUCGCUGACCAAUCGAUCUCUUAUUACAGCCUCUCUUCUCACUGAGCAGCGCAAUCCGAUUUUCCACUGCCAAAUCGUCUCUCAAUUCGAGCGCGUGAAAAGAAAUAAAGAAGGUCGCAGCGAUCCUCGGGCACGGACAGUUCAGUCUGCCAUUGUGAAGUGGGACCAUUUCAUUUUCAUCAAAUAACACCUUCGUGGCUCCAACUGAAAUACAAAUGACCUCGCAAGCUCUUAUACAGGCUGAGGCCUUCGAAAGUCAAAAAUUCUUAACAUGGUUCAAGGAAUCUGGAGGAUGGUAUAACGAAGAAUUAGUAGACAUUGUUUCGGUUCCAGGUAUGGGGUAUGGUGCUGUAGCUGUCAAAGACAUCGAGGAAGGAACUCCUUUGUUCCAUGUACCCGACGACCUCAUUUUGUCAGCUUAUACUUCUGAUCUGAAAGAUCAUCUCGAUGCCUCUGAGUGGGAUCAGCUCAAUAAAGGAUGGGCGCAACUCAUACUAGUGAUGAUGUGGGAAACUAUCAAAGGAUCAAAAAGUCGCUGGGCAGGGUAUCUUGCAAAUAUGCCUGUGUUGUUUGAGACUCCAAUGUUCUGGACUGAACGGCAGAGAGAACAGCUAUCGGGGACGGACAUUGCAGAUCGUAUCGGGAGAGAGGACGCAGAAGCUGAAUAUACUAGCGUAUUGGCACCAUUUAUCAAAGCCCAUCCUGAUCUAUUCCCUGUAGAUUCACCCCAUAUAACUAUGGACGCCUUCCACAUUCAAGGAUCUAGGAUUCUUUCUCGUUCCUUCACUGUACCUCUCCAUCGCUUUGGACGAUCACACUCACAGUCUAGAUCGGAUGGUAAUAGUGAAAAGGAAAGUGAUGAUGAAGAUGAGGAGGAGAUGGUUGUCAUGAUUCCCUUUGCCGAUAUGCUGAAUGCUGCCUGGGGGAAGGAUAAUGCCCAUCUGUAUGUUGAUGAGGACACUAUUGAGGGCUUUGAUGAAGGAGUUGUAAUGAAGUCUACUCAAUUAGUAAAGCAAUCAGAACAAAUAUACAACACCUAUGAUUCCCCUCCUAACUCUGAACUCCUUCGCAAAUAUGGUCAUGUUGAUGUUCUGCCUUUGCCAUCAGAUAUGCUAGACUUACUCAACGAGACCGAAUUAGGUUCAUGGCCUUAUGGAAAUCCUGGAGAUGAAGUGUUGCUUCAGGGCGAUCUCAUUGUGGGGUGUGUGACCACAAAGUUGGGUGGAGCACACAUGAAGGCAACUCUGCAAGAUCGCAUUGAUUGGUGGCUUGAAGAAGGGCAAGAGGAUAUAUUUCCUCUGAACUUCUCACACGAUAUUGAUGAUGGGUUAAUCUCAUUCAUCCGUUUACUACUUCAUGACUCAGAUUGGGAUAGAGCACACAAGAAGGGCAGAAUGCCGCGUGCCAUAAUUGAUGAAACAGUGGCUGAUGUUCUGCAUGAAAUUAUUAAUCAAAGGCUGGCCCAGUAUAAGCAAAACAUAGAGCAUGAUCUCAAAGUAGUGAGAAGUUCAUAUCAUGGGGCUGAUGAUAAACCAGUGACUUCUUUGGGAAGAAAUGAGUCUGCUGCUGUUGUUAGACUAGGAGAAAAGAGGAUUCUAUACUUGGCCAGAAGGAAAAUAGCACAAGCUACAGCUGGACAAAAGUCUUCUCAGAAGCGGAAGAACAAUAGCACUUUGAUGGGCAAAGGGAAGAGAAUUCAUUGAAGUGUUAUGUAUUGAUAAAUGUGUUACUUGUAGGAUAAAGGAAAAUAUCUAUAUUGGCAAGAACUGAAUAUUAGACUGAGGCUGGGAGUUAGCUGUUUUAGUUGGAGUUCUGAUAAUGGUGUUGAAGCAAGGAAUUGAGUCAGCAACAAUUCAAUUACAUUUCAAUAGCCCGUUUCAAAUAUAAAAGUUAAGACCUGACUUAGUUAGCUAAGAUCGGUCUUAGUUUUUAACUUUUAAGGUUUGUAU